AUGGCUCACCCCACCCCCGUCAUAGACUCAAAUGCGGCUCAUGGCGCGCUCUCUGUAGCUGCACUGAGCGAUGCGCUCCGUGCGAAGCUCCAAACGCGCGUCGAGACCACACUCUACGAGACCAUCUGCAAAAACUCUACCUCCAAGUUUGCCCGGGCCUCUAAUGCACUAUCGACUUUCCGUGACUCCUGCCCAACCCCUUCUUCCUUGGAAAACCGCCAGACUACCCUCACGUCUUUUCGUUCAACAGUGCCGUUGACGUCUUAUCCCGCGUACGAGCCCUACAUUGCCCCUCUCCUCCGCAGCCCAUGCAGUGUGUCCUCCGCUGCAGACGCUCUUAGCCCGGGAAUACCAACGUUCAUCGGGAUUUCGAGCUCCACGUCUGGCGGGACAUCCAAGUUUUUCCCGCGGUACAGUCGCACAAUCGAGGAGAUGAGCGAUCUACUUGGCAGAAGGCAUCCGUUUGCGGGGACUGGGUAUACGAGCUGGAUGAUGGGGUUGGGUGUCAAGGAUGUUGUGGAGGUCUAUGUUGGUGGUGGUGAUGAUAGUGGAGAAGCGAAAGCAAGGGUGCCCAUUUGCAAUGUCUCGACUGGACAAACGCGCGUUGGUCUUCAGCUGGACCUGGAUGGAGAGAAAGAGCGUAUGGCAGUUACCUAUGAGUGCUCUGAUAUCGCACUUUUUCCAAUGCAUCUCACCGAUGACCAAGAGGAGUGGGAAACGCUCUUGUAUGCGCUCGAGAAGGGGACGUAUCCGGGAUGGCAAGGAACAGAGCGCGUACGGCGGUAUUUGGAGAACAAGAUAAUAGCCGAUUCAAGCAGGGCUGAGGAGCUCCGCACCCUAGGACCCCCAUCGGCGGUGGAGAUGUGGGCUUCGCGGGCGUGGCCCAAGCUUGAUCUCGUCAUUGGGAUAUGCAGUGGCACGUUCUCUCGGUCUAUCCCGCAACUAAGAUCAUAUCUUUCACCUCAUGUUGUGCUUCGUAAUCCAGUCUACGCCUCUACCGAGUGCCUGUUGGGAAUCACGUACGACGACAGCAUGCUCAGCGUGUUCAAAAUCAUGCUCGAUGAUGUCAUUGAAUUCCUCCCUGUCAUACCAAGCGAAGGGGACUUGGACAUUUUGAACAGUUGGGAAGUCGAAGUCGGAAAGCUAUACGAACCGGUAGUGACGACGCGCGACUUGCGCGCGACGGGCUCUGGCGCUACAGGAUGGGUGACACCGUCAAGAUCGUCGGGUUUGCGACCAGCGACGGCGCACCGCUGGUCGAGUACACAGGGCGACGCAAAGACAAGUGCUGAUAACCCGCUUCAAUCUCACAGUGCAUCGUUGCGGCUCUCGCACGCGCUCCUGUCGGAAGAGGACAUCAUCACUUCCCUCGCGUGUGUCGAGGAGCUUAACGGGUGUGAAUUCACGACGUGGCUGGACGAUCGCCCGUUACCCCCGACGGUAGGAUAUAUCAUCGAAGUGAACGCUAAGAUCGCAGACACAAUUUCACCCUCGAUGCGCGAUCAACUCGCCCACGCCCUCUGCGCGUCGAACGAGAACUUUGCCGUGGGCUAUAGCAAAACCAUCUCGAGCAGGCCGACGAUAAGACUCGUUAGCCGGGGCACGUUUGCCGAGUUCAGAAGAUGGAAAGGAGAGCGGCUAGGUUCGGGGAGCGGGCAGAUUAAAGUGCCUGUGGUUAUGGGGGAGAACCAGGGCGAGACGAGGGAGGUGUUGCUGACGAGAGUCGUUAGGGAGCUGUGAAUGCAUGGAGCGAGGCGGCAUUUGGGCAGAUUUAAGCGGUUUUCGGUGCGAGGUUAGGGGAGGAGGCAUGCAGUGUUUGGGUGACGGGGUGGCGUAAGCUCGGCGAUUCGCCUGUUGACUCAAAUAAAG